GAAACCAGUCUCAUGGUAACGAUGCUCAUUUGGGUAACGGUGGGCGGUGGAGCCAGUUUCUCCUUCUCCUCCGUAUAAUUGUGAAAACAAGGAACCAACCGCUUUAUAUUUCAUUGUCUCAUUCUAUUUCCCCAAAUAUACAUUCAUUUUUCCAUCUCUCUCUCCUCUCUCUCUCUCUCUAUAUAUAUAUAUCUGUAUAUUUAUCGGAUUGAUCGUUUACAGGCAUCGACCUCUGAUCGACCUGCAAAGAAUGGAGUUACUUAGCGAAAAAUUAAAUACUCUUGGUACAUCCUCUACCUUGAAGGUUAAUUACUCAGAGAUCUUCAUGCGGCCCACUCCAUGAAUCGUAUGCUUACUCUACAUCCCUGUUAACUGUAUGGUGUACCUUAAAUGGUACAUAGCUAUUCUAUUAUUUCACGUCUUCAUCGAUUAUUAUUCCUACCAGGUGCGGAAAUUAGAGAUGAGGGAAUGGAGGUGUAUUCUCAAGAACAAUCGUAGAUCACUACUAGCACUCUGGCUUUCUGUUGAUUGGCCUAGGCGGUUCAACAUCCUACGUCGAGCUUCAGAACGAUAAGGAUGCUUUAUCAUCCAAGGGUGGAGAAAGGCUAAUAUUGGAGAUGAGUUCACUUGAAGAUACAAACAGGUUGUGAUUUUCCUAUCUAUCCUGACCCGAGCAUAAAUUAUACUGUGACAAGGUGAUUGGUAUAGUUAUGGGGCAUAGACAUGUAUUCAGCUCCUCACAAAUGUUUGAGACUGAUAAUGAUCAGAGUUGGAAUCAUCUCCAAGUAGAGCAACCUUACAUGCAUUUGGCGGGGUCUGGUGCUGCUGAAAACAGUUCUCUUGUUUAUCCUGUUGAAAAUAUGUCGAUCGAUGGUGUACAUUUUGCUCCUCAUUGGAAUCCUGCUCCAAGGUCAAAUGACUAUCCUUCAUCAAGUCACAGUGUUGAAGUGCCACUUUAUCAACCAGAUGCUUCGGCCCUAUCUCGUGAUCCUUUCCUGCAUCCAUCUACUGCUGGAAGCUUUUGUACGGUCCCAGAAAAUUAUGUCCAUCAUGCAUCAUCCUCCAAUUAUGGAGGACAAACAUUCCAUGGGGUUGAGGGUGGUUUUGUUGAUCUUGCAAUGGGUAAUGGAAGAGGGCCAUACAAAAGAAAAAGCCCUGGUGUCCCUACAGUCUGUGAGAGAGGCAGCACAAGCAGAUCUUAUAAUGCUGGAAGUUCAUCUGACCUCUCUUUGUCCUCUGACAUUUGGCAGGAGAAGCCAAAUCCAGAUUUCCAUCAUACACGUUGGGAUUGCCCUAGCAUUGGCCCCGGUUAUAGAGGCAAUGGCCUCUCAAUUGCAGGCGAGGGCACGGCACGGAAUGUGAGAAGCAGAGGUGCAAUUGACUUGGAAACAAACCUAGCUAGAACCCAUUUAUCAAGCAAUCCCCCACACCACCCGUGUUCAAGUCGCUCCACUGACCAUGCUAGCUCGGUGGUUCUUUUAGGUCAGAAUUCUAAUGCUUCGACACAUGAGUGGGACCAUAUUCACAUGCCUCCUGCUGCUCAUGGGAGAACAGUUUCAGAUCAUUUCAUUAUUGGAAGCAGUAAUUCUAGUGUCCCAAUAGAUAUUGGGGGAUACCAUAAUGAUUUCAUAUCGAGCAGAAAUCCUGUUCCUCGAAAUUUUCAAGGUACCUCAACCCAAACUGUGAGGGGGGUUAGAAGUAGCUAUGCUCAAAGAUCUACACCACCAUUCAGGGCUUCUUCAAGCAACCUGCGCCUUGGAAAUGCGGCUACUUCAGAUGAAGGGUUGCAGUUGGUCACAGAAAGUUAUUCCUCCAGACAACCAAGGCCAUUUUCCACCAUAGGAUGGCGUAGCGGUGAUCGAAGUGGGAGAGCAAGGAUGUCCAGUGAGAGAUAUCGAUCACUUUCUUAUGAGUCGGGUGUCCGUGAUCGACUGGCAUCUGAGGGUCUUAUGAUUGUGGAUCGCUCGGCCUUGUAUGGAUCUAGAAAUUUGUUUGAUCAGCAUAGGGAAAUGAGGCUAGACGUAGACAACAUGAGCUAUGAGGAACUACUUGCACUGGGAGAGAGGAUUGGAAAUGUUAACACUGGCGUGUCUGAAGAUUUGCUGUCAAGGUGUUUGACGGAAUCAAUUUAUUGUUCGUCAGAUGAGUUUCAAGAGGAAGGAAAAUGUGUAAUCUGUCUGGAGGAGUACAAUAAUAUGGAUGAUGUUGGGACGAUGAAAACUUGCGGUCAUGAUUUCCAUGUGGGCUGUAUCAGAAAAUGGUUAUCGUUGAAGAACUCGUGUCCGAUCUGCAAAGCUUCUGCUGUGUCUGACAAUAUGAAAGAAAAAUAACCUAUCCAGUUGGUUAAAAAUAUAUUUAAUUUCAUCUCUGUAAAUACAUUUCAUGAUAUUCCUCAAACCGAGGACUUGACAUGUUAGGGGGAAUUUUGUAAAAAAAAAUAUUUCAAGCCAUUUGUUUUUUUUUUUUUUCCUUUUUUUUUUUUUUUUUUUGGUUACUGCUUCUAUCAUAAUUUUAGAUGAAGCAAUACAAUGUUCAUGUUAACUUUUGUUCAUCAAAAAGAUGCAAAUGUUCAUAUCUCUGGAA